AUCUUUCAGGCUCGAUCCGAACCACACGGCUCGUACCCGAACCUCCGCUUAGGUCCAGGGCCUAGGCUCUCAUUCUACAGUUCGUUGAAAAUUUCACACGAUCACUUUAUCUCUCUCUGAAUCCCUCAUCUUCUCGACCUCCCCCGUUUUUCUCACCGAUUCAAACCCUAGUUCCGAAGUUAAAGCUCUACGAAGCUCCGAUUUCCAGCUCCACCGACGUCUCUGCUUCAAUGUUCUAAAUUUUGCGUUUUAGUAAGGAAUUUUGGGUUUUAAACGUGAAUAUCUUCAAGGGGUUUCCUUAUUUAUCCAUGCAAUGUAUGUAUAUUCGUGUGUUUAGCCUGAUUUUUAGCUGGUUAGUUGUGGUGACGACUGUGGCGGCUUGGAUAUGUCAAAAGCUUGGUUGACUUGAUGGAAGUGUGAUAUGAGAUUACUUGAUAUAUGCUGAAAACUUUACACAAUUGGGACCUCAAGGGACUGGAUUUGUAACCAAAGGUGGUUGGGUUUUUAUAUUUUGUAUACUUGUUGAAGGUAAAUUUACAAGACAUCUUGUUUUAGCCUCAAAACUUGGGGCCUGAAUCAUUAAUGCCUGGCAACGGAGUUGGGGAUAGGGUUCACAAUUUCUUUGCACAAGACAACCUAUCCCAGGGCCCACGUGGGGAUGGGAAUUGGCCUUUAAAUGACAAUCUGUGGGCUGGUAAUCAGAAACAGUUUGGUGUCUCAGAUUCGAGUCCAAGAAACUUCAAUCCACAACAAUCAGAAACUGAGAGAGGACACGGAAGUCAACGUGUUGACCCUCAUCUUUUCAACCUUACACAAACAAGGCCUGAGUUUGCUAAAAGUUUGUCCCUCCACGAACAGUCAAACUCAAAUGGCUACAUGUAUGGACGCCAAAACUUUCAAACACCACCAAAUGAAGCAAAUUUUCUGGGAGUGGAAACAGAGUAUGGUCGAAACAAUGUAAACCAAAGGGGCUUUCCAUUCUAUGAGUCACAACGGGAACCUGUUCCCGAAGAACCUCCAAAGAAUCCAUUUAGGUCAGAAGCUUCAGAAGCUCAUAGUGGUUUUGACCUUUUUGGAGGUCAAGGUCAACAUCAAAUGAACAAUCAAUAUCCAGGCUUUAUGCAACCAUUACAACAACAACAACAACAACAACAACAGCAGCAGCAGCCUGGAUUCGGUGACAUACAGCAACUUCAACAUCAACUCAUGCUCAGAAAGAUGCAAGAGCUUCAAAGACAAGAGCUACAAAGGCAAGAGGAGCUUCAAAGACAACAACAAAACUCGUUAAAUCAAGCUUCUCUCUUUGCAAGACAAGCUUCCGGAAGUCACAUUAAUGGCACUCCAACUUCUGAUUGGGCUGAGGUGGCAGUUGGUAAUGCCAACACAAACUGGUUGCAGCGUGGUUCUCCGCAGGUGCAGGUGCAGGGUUCUUCCGGUGGACUUGCGUUUUCCCCUGAACAGGGUCAACCCCAGCGGUCAAUGGGUUUUGUUCAUCAACAAGUUGAUCAGUCCUUGUAUGGAGUACCUAUGUCCAGCUCACGGGCGCCUCUAAACCAAUUUCCACAUCAGCAACCACAAAAUCCAUUUCCUGGUAACCACUAUGUAAUUCCAGAACAGCAAGUUGUCCCUGGUAAAAGUUUAUUUGGAAACACAUCUGGACAAGGGCACAUUCAGCAAGUAAAAGCCUCACAGAAUGUAGCACAGGAUCUAUUUGGGCCUGUAGUAGAGGAUAAAUCAGCAAGUGGUGAAGCUGCUUUAGAUCCUGAUGAGGAGAAGAUCUUAUUUGGUUCAGAUGAUACUAACAUUUGGGAAGCUUUUGGUACUAGUAAAAACACAGGUGGAGGUGUCUCUAGUUUAUUGGAUGAUAAUAAUGAGUUUGCAAGUGGUUUGCCUUCUUCUCUUCAGAGUGGUAGCUGGAGUGCUCUGAUGCAAUCUGCAGUAGCAGAAACGAUUAGCAGUGGUGCAGGUGUACAGGAAGAAUGGCCUGAUUUGAAUUUUCAGAAUCCUGAAGUUCCAUUGGUCAAACAGAAUGAUAUGAACGUGCCUAAUCCUGGAUCUGUUCCUCUCUCUGAUGGUGGCAAUAUGAACAAUAAGCAUCGUGGAAACAAGGGGUUUAAGAACAAUCCAUAUGAGAACGAUGAGAGAUUAAAUAUAAAUCAUUCUAAACAGAUGAAUCAAAAUACUUCAGGAGGAAGCAAUUGGUUAAACCGUGGAGCUCAAGAAAGCCGGCUAUAUGAAAGUUCUCAGCAGCCAAAUACCAAACAAAAUCAUUGGAAUGCGAAUGAGUCUGCUCCUCCACCUUCUGCUAACACUGGUUUCAAUAUCAAUGAGGAUAACAGUUCACUGCAGCAAUCUCAUCAGAGCAAUGAUUGGAAGAGAGUAAUGCAGAAUGGAAUGGGUCAAGGACAAGGUGAGGGUAUAUCUGGUAUUAAUUCCCGUGUUCAUCCCAAUGUUAACAGGGAGACUGUAAACAGAGGAGGUCUUGCUCCAAAUUUAGGCAGCUUGCAGGGUGGUAAUCAUGCUAACCAAUUUUCUCCAAACAACAAUCAACUUAAUUACUGGAAACAUGUUGAUUCUAAAUCUAGAGGAAGUGAGAACUCAGAGAGAUCACAGGGUCGGGUGAACAAGGGCCCACAAGUGUCUGAAUCAUCGUUUAAUAGCUCUGAUAAGGAAGAUUUAAAGAUGCAUGAGAGGGAGAACUCUAAUGACAGUUACAGGUCAAGUUCAUCUCACCUUCCUAAUGCUCUUGGCCAAAGGGAGACUUUUUCAUCAGAUGCUGGUGACUCGAGAUCAUUAGGUGGGACAAAACAAAGUUUAUCUAAUCAGGGUAACCGAAAGCCUUCAGCUCAAAGAAAGUUUCAGUAUCAUCCAAUGGGAAACUUAGAUGAAGAUGUUGGAAUGCCCUAUGGAAGAACACAAGCUGCCAAUACAAAGGGCAUCCCCCUUCAGCAUUCUCAAGGAAAUUUUGGACAUGCCAAAAUUGGUGGUCAAGGUCAACCCACUAAAGUUUUUGAAGUGGGAAAGGAGCUUGAAGGAGUCCCGAAAGGGUUACAUGAUAUGCGCUUCAAGGGCAUGAUUCCUGGUCAUGUGCCUGAUCUUUUUGCUCCUCAUGACAGAUCAGAUAAGGCAUCUCAACCUAGUCAAAAUAUGCUGGAGCUUCUUCACAAGGUGGAUCAAUCAAGAGAUCGUGGAAUUGCUAGGCAAAUGAACUCAUUAGAACGCAAUUUGUCAUCUGAGAUCCCUGAACCAGAAAAUUCUGAUGGAUCUUUUGGAGGCCACCAAAGAAGUCAGUCAUCCAACUCUCAGGGGAUUGGUUUACAACUCGGACCUCCAUCCCAGAGGGCUAUGCAGACCAUUAAACCUAAUUCUUUGAGUCAGGCCCAGGCUCAGGCUCAGGCUCAGGCUCAGGCUCAGGCUCAGGCCCAGGCCCAGGCUCAGGCUCAGGCUCAGGCCCAGGCCCAGGCUCAGGCUCAGGCUCAGGCUAAUUCAAGAGGUAAGGGUCAUGCGAAUUUGUCCCCUUUUCCUCCUUUCCAAGAAGCAUCACGUGCAGAAUUCAAAAAUGAUAGAACAAGUAUCUCGGGACAAAGUGCAAGUGAAAGCUCAGGGGGGCAUAAGAUGGGAACCAACUUCUCUGCAGCUCUGGGUACUGAUUUUCCAAAUUCAAGAAAUCAGUUUCAAAACCAGACAAGGGGCACAAAUCAUUCUGGCAAUGAAGGGCAUCAUCAUACUCCUCAAAUCAGGCAAGCAGAUGAAGCCACCCGUGUCAGAUCACUUAACUCGGGUCUUUAUGAAGACUCUGCUUCACAGCCUUCAACAGGGGAGAAAGAGAAAGAGAAAUUCCCUGCUGCUGCUCAGCCUCGUGGAAACUCUCAACAAGCUGCAUUCCCAAAAAUGUUGCCCAAUGCAUGGGCCAAUAUCCCAACUCAACAACUUUUUUCAGCAGCCCAAGCUCGCAAAGCCCAAACCCAAGGCCAAGGCCAAUCAAAUCUUUCAACGUUGCACCCGUUAAAUAUAGUGGAAUCGACAUCUUCAGGUCAGCAGAAUGUAGAGGAACAAAAGCAGCCAACAAAAGAAUCCCCAUCUGAAAAGGAAACGACAGAUGUCAAUGAGUCAUCAUCAUCUCUUAACCCUACUGCAUCUCAGAGGGAUAUUGAAGCUUUUGGUCGUUCUCUUAAACCAAAUACUCUUUAUUCUUUACCAAACCAAAUGAAGGCUAUGGACAAUGACCAAAAUACCCUCAUAUCGAAGAGACCGAAAGACGACAGUGGUCAGCAUGUAGCUCCAUGGUCAGGGCAACCAACAGUCCCACCCCCACCUCAAGAUUCAGAGCUUCCUGCAAAACAAGUAGCAUCUGCAUCUGAUCAAAACGGGUCUCAAAGCAUCCUUCCUGGUGUCAAAAUUGAACACUCUCAUGUAAAUCCCCAAAUGGCUCCAUCCUGGUUUGAUCAAUAUGGAACAGUGCUGAAAAGUGGCCAAAUGAUGUCACAAAGACCUGAUGUUGUAAAGAGUAUGGAGGCACAUGAUAAGGAACAAGCAAGUGCUGCAGCUGAUCCCAGCCAGGCUGUUGUUAUCUCAAAACCCUCGAUUCCUCCUUCAUCUUUUACACCCGAACAAUUUGCCUCCCCUCCAUUGCAAACAAACAUCAGUGUUCAAAAUUCGGUUGCUUUGAGAUCAAAGAAGCGCAAGUACUCUACACCUGAACUUCAUCCUUGGCUCAAGGAAGUGUCAGGGGCUUCUAAAAGUCAUCAAGACAUCUGUACUGCUUCAAUGGAAUGGUGUGGAGCAGCGAAUCGGUUGAUGGAAAAGGUGGAAGAUGAUGGUGAAGUGAUUGAAGACGUGCCAAGACAAAAGAGACGUAUUAUCUUAUCAACACAGCUGAUGCAGCAACUGUUUCCUCCUCCCCCAGCCACUAUUCUGUCAACUGAUGCUACUUUGAGUUAUGAGAGUGUGGCUUUUUAUGCGGCUCGAAAGGCUUUAGGAACUGCAUGCAAUUUAGUAUCAUCCGGAAGAAGUUGCACUGAUUCUCAUGGUGGAUCAAAUUCCCUCUCUGAUAAAAGCAAAGAAUCUGAGAAAACCGAGGAUCGUCGUCUUGAAGAAGUUGUGGAAGACUGCAUGAGUAAAUCAAAAAGUCUAGAAAAUGAUUUUUCAAGGCUGGAUAAGAGAGCAUCAAUCUUGGAUUUAAGAGUGGAAUGUCAAGAUUUAGAGAAAUUCUCCAUCAUCAAUCGUUUUGCGAAAUUCCAUGGAAGGGGACAAACGGAUGCUGAAGGUUCAUCAUCAUCUGCUGAUGCAGCUGCAAAUGCACCAAAACCUUUCCCUCAAAGAUAUGUUAUUGCAGUCCCGUUGCCAAAGAAUCUUCCGGAAAGGGUACAAUGCCUCUCACUAUGAUGAUUGAUUGGUAAUUGGUAAAAAACAUCAAGUCGCCCUUUUGCUACCCUCAUCAGUUUUCUUGCACGUAAUGUGCAUUACCAAAAAGGCAGGAGAAAGUGAGUAAAAUAGGUUGUUACUUAUGAAAACGAAUGGCAGUUUGGUGUUUUGGGCUUUAGGUUACUUACAUAUUCUUGAGAGAGAGAGAGAUACAAUUUGGGGUGGGGGUGAGGGUGAGGGGUAGAUGUGGAUGUGGGAGUGAACAGUUGAAGAAGAAGAAGAGCCAAUUAGUUAGCAAAAUUCCAUUUAUGAGUAGUAGAUAAAAUGUUCUAAAUCUCAGAGUUUUAAUGAAUGAAUGAAUGGAUCAAGAUCAGAUAUGUAUUUUAUGGGAAUUUGUUAUCUGUUUCUGUUUCUGUUG